AUGGCAAAUUGGAGUGAACUCCCUCAAGAACUCGUGAGAAAAGUUGCAACUGAGCACGUUGAAAAUGUGGAAGAUUUUGAAGAAAUUGGAAAGGUUUGUUCCGAGUGGAGAAGUGCAACAAAGGAUGUCAACUUCUUCCCUUCAAAAAACACCCAAAUUCCUUGGUUAAUGAUAGUUGACCCUCCUAACAGUCCACACCGCAGAUUUUAUAGCCUCUCCAAACACAUGUUUCAAAAAAUCAAUUUGCCCCAAAUUGACGAUGACGAUGACGAUGAUCACCGUAGGUAUUUCUCUUCGAAAGGUUGGAUUAUUUCUGUUAGUAUGAAAAACCGUAAUAUCACCCUUUUCGAUCCCACCUCCGGCAAAGUAAUCAAGCUACCAAGUGUUCCACUUAAUAUGCUAUACGACGACAAUUGGUAUGAUUACAGUUACUUAGGUUACUUUUACAAAUUUAUUAUAUCGGGAAUACCGUCCUCUUGUGACGGCGAUUUUACAGUGACAAUGAUAUUCGACAUGACCCAACAAUUGGCCUUUUGGAGACCUGGUGAAGAUAAGUGGACUAGACCUGUUGUAGAUUUUAAAAUUAGUUGGGUGUUCGAUACCUGUUUUUUUAAUAGAGAAUUUUAUUCCAUUGAUUAUUUAGGAAAGGUUAUGGCUUUCGGAAGUGAGAUCGCCAAGCGCCAACCACGAAUCGUUGUAGACUUAAAAGAUCAAGGUGUUAUAAUCAAACCAACUAAUGGCAAGUUUUACCUAGUCGAAGUGGAAACCAAAUUAUUGGUGGUAUAUAGGCAUCAUGUGUUACUUGAAUAUCAUGAGAGAUCGGAGAACAGUAAUGUUGUGUAUUGGACUACACGUUUUGAGAUAUUUGAGCUGAAUGUUGAUAAUGGGAAAGUCAAACCAAUUAAGGGUGUCGGCAAUCGAGCUAUUUUUAUAGACGAUGCUGUUCUCAUGGGAGGAGGAAUCGAUAUGGGAAUUUACAGCUUAGAUGAAGGAAAACUCAUUGAGCGAUUUUAUGAAGGUCCGUCACAAUUUUGUUUCACUACUCCACCUAUAUGGGUGGAACGACGUGGGAACUUGUAA